AUGGAUCAAGAACUUGAAAAACCCAAAAAUGUUACUCAUACAUUAUACAAGCUAUAUAGUUGGCUUGAAAUAGGCAUAAUUGAUCUUACGCCUGAGUUUCAAAGAGACGCUGUUUGGACAGAUGCUAAACAAAGUCAUCUAAUUGAUUCAGUUUUGAAUAAUUUUUAUAUUCCACCCAUUAUUUUUUCAUGUAAGAAACUUGAUGACAAUCGCUUCAUGCGAGUAUGUAUUGAUGGAAAACAAAGACUCAUAUCAAUUAAAAGAUUUAUUAAUAAUGAGAUUCCUCAUGUAAAUCCAUCUAAUAAAUCAAAAGAAAAAAGUUAUUAUUCAAAAUCAAAAAGUGGAAAACCUAGAAUUCUAACACCGCUAGAAAGAGAAAUGUUUGAUUCCUCAGAAUUUGUCUGUGUUGAGUACUAUAACUUAAUUCCGAAUCAAGAGCAAGAACUAUUUAGUCGUGUUCAGCUCGGAAUGCCUCUUACGCCAGCUGAGAAAUUACAAGCGAUUUCUAGCCCAAUAUCUGACUAUGCACAUGAAAUUUUCUCCACUUAUCCUUCCUUAGCCUGUAUUCUCGAUAAACACCGUGGACGUGCUUUCCAACUAAUUACUCAGUCAUUGCAUAUGAUCGAAACCGAACCACUCAACUUUCGAUCAACUUCAACCAUUAUUGCCAAUUACCUGAAAUUAGACCGAAAUGUGCCACGUGGAUUGCGCGAGACUACACAACACGUAUUCAGGAUGCUCGAUUUGUUGAUCAACGCCGAUAAAGAACUCAUCAAUCAGCCUCACCGACUAGCACCAAUCGAGUUCGUCUUUGUUUGUUAUAUGAUCGCAAAAAAUCCUGAAUUGUCUAUCGGGCAAUAUCAACACUAUAUUGUGUCGAUGAAGCAGUAUGUACGUCAAAAAUAUGACGAUAUUCGUUUCAAUUCUCGCGUUUAUGGCACGCUGAUGGGUUUUCUCAGAAAAAUGUCUGUCGAACUUGACGAACUUGAUAAUUUGAGGGCCUCUUCUACUUCAUCACGUCAAUCAAGAAAUAAUGAAGUUAAAAGGAAUAAGCGCAAGUCUGCCGAACUUGAUAAUCCGAGGGCCUCUUCCACUUCUUAUGGUUUCUCAUCACGUCAAUCAAGAAAUAAAGAAGUUAAAAAGAGUAAGUACAAAUUUGAAGAAGAAUGA